AUGCCGGCAGCAUCACCCACCCUGAAGGCUGUCUCACCAAAGGCGACGCCCGAGGAAGAUACGCAGAUGAAGGUGGAUGUCGAGAAAUCCAAGAAGCGGCGGCGAAAGGAACAAAGAAGGGCUAUCCAAGUACACAAGACACAGCUGAAGAAGAAGGGGCAAACAGCCCACUUGAAGAGCUGA